UUGCAGCUGCGUUACGGUUGUCAGUUUCCUUGGUGUGCACUCGCCGUAAAAAGGUGAAAAAAGCGGCUAAGGCCGCUAAGGCGAAAAACGCCUUCCUAGGUGUGGGGGGGGGGAGCGAGGAGCACCCAAAAGGAGGUGAUAUGUUAGCAUACCUUCUUACCAUUUGUGCUCUCAGCUCUGUUACAGUUCGCAAUGUCCAGUGCAUUUGGAUGAAGAGGUGUGUGAUGUCAAAGAAAGGUUAUGACUCUCAAGGCACUGGUGAGAAACUUUCUCCAGAUAGAUAAUUUUCAACCUGAUCUUAUGUACUGCAGAUGCUCUUCCUACGUUUUUAGGGGGGAACCAGGUUUAAUAUCACUUCACUCAUAUCCCUUCCAAAGAAUAUGGGUGAAAUGUUACUGAACACAGUUAAAAUGGGGGGGUUAGAACCCCAGCAGUGCAAGAGAUCUGGUUGCAAAAUUAUUUAUUGUUAUUUUAGCGAAAAACGCCUUCAUAUGUGUGUGCGAGGGUGGGGGGAGCGAGGAUCAACCAAAAGGAGGUGAUAUGCUAGCAUACCUCGUUACCGUUUGUGCUCUUGGCUCUGGCGGACAUUUUUGCAUUUAGUUAGUGACGAAUGCGUAGAGAUGGCAGCAGCAUUGUACCAGGUGUCAUGGCUGCCAUUCCGUCCACCAAUAAGAAGAGAGUUGUACGGCGUUGAAACUGACCGUAAUAAUCGAAAUGAUAUUUUACUUCAGCCAGACUAAGAGACUGCUGGAGGAGGACGAGACACUUUACUGCAUCUCCGCCUGGAAUGACCAGGGUUAUGAGCACACCUGCAGUGAUCCAAGCUUGUUAUUCAGAGUGGAAACCAUGCCAGGGUUCAGAUGGAUCCUUAAAAGAGCUCUCUAUAAAGAUGAGCUGGAAUCCAAAUGGCCAACACCUGAGAAGAUGUGGGACUGGGAUAUGUGGAUGCGGCUACCUGAGGUUCAGAAAGGCAGAGAGUGUGUGAUUCCAGAUGUGUCACAGACGUACCAUUUCGGUGCUUCAGGUCUGAACAUGAAUUCCUACUUCCAAGACAUCUACUUCAAGAAACAUUCUUUCAAUACCUCGCCAUAUGUGAAGCUUAAACAUGUUGACAGGUGA